AUGGAUGCAUACAUAUAUCGUUUGAUACGUUUCAUACUUUUAAUCAGUUUUUUAAUUCCAUCAUUUGUUUGUUUUCUACUUGUUUUCUUCUAUUUGGUGAAAAAUCGAGAAAUUAAUUCCAAACAACUUCAACAUCAUGUAAUUCUUGUACUUCUUGUUUGUAAUUUCAUUCUUAUUACUACUGAAUUACCUAUUUCAUUGCUUUAUUCUUAUCAAGGUUAUGUUAAACCUGAAAGUAACCAGUUUUGUUCAUUUUGGGUAGCUUAUAAUUAUGGUUUAUAUGUUGCUGGUUUGUUUCUUAUGGCAUUUGGAUCUAUUGAAAGAUACUUUCUUAUUUUUCAUGAACGAUAUGUAAUUAAAUGGCGUUUUAUCAUUCAUUAUCCCAUAAUUCUCAUUUGUUUUAUUUAUCCAUUAACAUUUUAUAAUGUGAUAGUCAAUACCUAUCCGUGUGAAAAUGUUUAUUAUUAUGAUGCAUAUGUUUGUGGAGGUGCUUGUUAUCAAUAUGAAGCAAUUGUAGGCACUAUAGAUUAUCUAAUUAAUGUAGUUACUCCUACUAUGUUUAUAAUAUUGGCUAAUAUCAUUCUUUUAUUACGUUUUACAUAUAAAAAACGAGCAAUGAAAUUAGCAAAUACAUGGCGAAAAUAUCGUUUGAUGUAUAUACAACUUGUAUCUAUUUCAAUGUUAUAUUUUAUCAUUUGGAUACCAUUUGUCAUUAUAUCACUCAUUCGUCUGUUUUAUGAUUAUUUAUUUUUACAAGAUGUGACAAUGCUUAUAAUAAAUUAUUGUCUUUACAUAUGUCCACUUGCUUCACCAUUUAUUUCUCUUGUUGGUUUGCCUGGCGCGCGACAACAUUUACGAAGAAAUAAUUUGAUCAUACCAUGGAUUAGUCGUAAUGCGCAAAAUCUCAUUGGACCAACAGCUACAUUCAAGACACGAACUGAACAGCAACAGAUGGCACCACGCAAAGAACAUGACGAACACACUUUUUGA